CUGACAUUUUGACUAACCUCAAAAUGUCAUAGUUAGGAUUUAAUUUUAUAAAUAAACAAAAGUUUAAAAAACGUAACAUUAAAUUUUUGUAAAAAUGGCAGACAAUAAAACGCCGAUAACCGAUCGAGAAGCGUAUGUUAAGGAUCCUCGAAUAGCGUGUAAAUAUGGUGCCAGAUGUUACCAAAAAAAUGCAGUUCAUCAUGAAAAAUACAAACAUCCUCCUCCAAAAAGAGCAAAACUUAAUGGAGACACUACACAACCUGCUAAAAGACUUAAAAUGGAUGUGGAUAAUAAAACAGCAGGCCUGCCAGAAUCAACAGCUGAUCAAAAUGAACAUUUGUUCACAAAUAAAGAUAAUUUAAGUCCACAAUCAUCUGACCAACAAGAAAAACUAAUCCCACAAGAGAAUCAAGAAAUUAAAACUGAGAGUAAACAAGAGGGAGACACUGUUGAACCACAAAAAGAAGACCCCUCAACAUCUGAUCUUGGCAGGACAGCCAAAAGUUUUGAUGUUAAUACUUUUAUAAAACAGAAAUUUUUAGUAGAUAUGCCCAAAGAUUUCUAUCAAUUUUGGAGUUUCUGUAAAAGCCUAAAAGAGAAAUGUCCUCAGGAAGCAUUAAAAGAUGUUGGGCUUACCUUGGUGGGACCAUUUGAUGUGCUAGCAGGAAAAUUUUUUGAUAUACCAGAACAAUCUGAAGAAAAUUACUUGAUUCAUUGGAGAUACUUCCGUGAUCCUCCUGAGUUUCAGACUGUUAUUAGAGGUGAUGAUAGAACCGGUUAUCAUAUUGGUUAUUAUAGAGACUCUCCUAAGGAUAUGCCAGUUUUUUUGGCAAGCAAUCAUGCAAACACUGACGGAGUGUUCAAAGUACAGGGAGAUAAUAUUUUUGCUGCUGUAUAUUUAUACCUAGAGGAACUAAAGAAAAUUGGGGAUCCUUUUAAAAAAAUGCACAUUGGCAGGUUUCAAGGUGUCAUUAAAAAAAAGGCUGAGGAACUUCAAUUCAGCUUAUCUGAAAAAUCACAGAAGAUAAGGGAUAGAGAUAAAAAAGUGGUUGUAAGGCCUUUUAGCAAAAUUGGAGUCGUUGUACCCUACAAUAGAAAGACUCAAGUUGGCUACCGAGAACUAUCGAUUAGCAAUAAAGAACUCACAAAAUUGCUAACAGAUAUACAGAAAGCUUUACCAGAACAAAAACCUAAAUUAUUAUCAAAAUUACAAAAUCUAUUGACAAAUGUAAGCAUUGCGACAGAUGAAUGUGACUUUGGCACUGGAAUUGAACUCGGGUUGGAUAUUCUUGCACAUGGAGUGGACAGUAUUAACCAAACCAUUUCUCGAUUCUUAGCUACUAAUUAUAGGCUUAUGGAUAGGGAAGAAUUCGCGAAAAUAGCUGAGGCACAUAUGAAAAAUAGAAAGAAAGGGACACAAUUAAGUAUAAUUUAAACCAUCUUGUAAUUUUUUUUUUGUUGAAGUAAAUCAUGAUUUAAUUUUGUACAUUAGUUUUUCAACACUUAGUUUGAUAGUUUAAAUGUUAGUUCACUAAAUUAGAAUUAGUUUGUUUUAUCUACUAAUGGCUCUGAAAUGUUGAGCAGAGCAUUGUCAAUUACUAUACAAUUUUUUUUCUUUAUAUUUCUGUGCCAAUGCAAUCCAUAAUUUGUUAUUGUUAAAAUGGAUCACUAUUGAAGAAAGAAAGAUUAUAUCGUUUCCAUACUAUAUUUUGAAAGUUUGAAACAGGGGUUUACGCUAGUUUAGGGGUAAAUGCAAGAUUCGUUAAGUAUAACAUUACAUGGCACCUAUGAGUAAAUAUGAGAGAAUCUUUUAUUUUUCAUACAAAACAGAAUCGUUAUCAGUCGAUCUCUGUUCUUACAAAUUACAAGAAAUUACCUGAUGGGUACUAUUGUAUGAUAUUUUAACGUUCACAAUGUAAAACUGUGUGGCUAUUGAUGGUUGAUUUUUUUUUAUUAUAUUACGUUUGCAUUAUUACACUUUAUUUAUUUAAGCUUAUUUGGAUUGAUAAAAUUGUAGCUUUAAAGCAAUCUUUUAAUAAUUGUAAUGUUCUUUAAUUAAAUUUAGAUUAGUUUGAUGUGCA